AUGGCUGUCGACUUGACAUCGUCAUGGCGCCAUGGAAAACCUGGUGACAACCGUGGAUCAGAGCCUUCACAGUUUGUCUCUUCCCAAGAAACUAAUCUUGGAGAGAAAGACUUCGACCCCGAGACGUGGCAUGUGAACUUCAGAGCAUUUACCUGCUCGGAGGAGGCCGACCCCAUCAGAGAUCUGAAGAGGCUUUAUGAGCUCUGCCAUCUCUGGCUGAGGCCAGACCUUCACACCAAGGAGCAGAUUCUGGACAAGCUGGUGUUAGAGCAGUUCAUGAUCUCCAUGCCUCUGGACCUCCAGGUCUUAGUCAAGGAAAGUGGAGUAGAGAAUUGCAAAGACCUGGAGGAGAUGCUGAGAAAUAACAGGAGACCCAAGACAUGGUCCAUAGUCUACUUACAAGGACAGGAAUUUCUUCUGCAAAAUCCCAGUGUUCAGAUGGCUGAAUCUGAGACCAGCAACAUGGAUGAUGGGCAGAAACUUCUGCCAGAGACCAUUCCUGCAAAUGGUGAGCUGGAGAGUCUGAGACCCAAGCAGAACUUGGAGGAGAACCUGAUGGAAGACAGGGCAGGGUCAACAGUAUGUGACAUCCAGGAGCCUCAGCUUCUGAAGGGUCCUGCAGAUUCCAUGGGGGCUAAUGAUGGAAAGAAUCCUGAAGAAGACACUUCUAUUAAAAAUGUGGAUGCUGACACACCACCCACCCUUGUUUUGGAGAGAGAAGUUUCUACUCCCGGUGGGAACAGGGAAGAUUCUCAGAAGAAUCUGAGACGUUCCAAAAGAAGAAAACCAGACAGCUUCUCCAAUUCCCAAGGAAGGCCUCAAGAAGGAGCUACCCAUUUGGACAAAAGAGAAUUCCUGGCACAAAUUGGGUUACACUCAGUUGAUUCACCAAGGACCAUGGGAUCAGCUAACCAUGAUUUACCAAAUACCUCCACAAGACGUUCAAUCUAUCAAUGUGGAUUUUGCAAGAAAAGAUUUCAUUAUAAAUCUCAGUUCGACAUCCACCAGAGGACACACACAGGAGAGAGGCCGUUUAAGUGCAGCUCCUGCGGGAAAGGCUUCAUGCAGCCCUCAGAUGUCCGCGUCCACCAGCGAAUCCACACAGGGGAGAAGCCAUUCAGAUGUGAGCUCUGCCACAGAGAGUUCACCCAUGAGUCCACCCUGCAUGGCCACAAAAGGACCCACACCAACGAGAAACCAUUCCACUGCACAGAGUGUGGGAAACGCUUCAGCCACAAAGGGAACCUCAACGUUCACCAUCGAAUCCACUCUGGAACAAAACCUUACACCUGUCCAGAGUGUGGGCACACCUUCCGUCAGCUGGGAACUUUCAAACGCCACAAAAAAACACAUCUGAAAAUGGCAUCCCAAUGA